UAACCAGCUGUAGGUCAGUCAUUGUCCUGCCCCUUAUGACAUAUUUUUUUUGUUGUUGUUGUCAUCUUCAAUCAGAACAUUGCACCUGAUUUAUGUUAAAGAUGGGAGAGAGUUUGCAAAGUGAGAAAAGUUACAUCUGCUCGUUUUUUGACUGUAAGGCCAAGUUCACAAAGUUGUGGAAGCUUGAGGCCCACCUGUGCAAGCACACAGGAUUGAAACCAUUCUCCUGCGCAAGCUGCGACAAGACUUUUUGCAGCCGCUAUGCGCUUGCCAGGCACGAGCUCAACCACAGUGGCGAGAAGCGCCACAAGUGCACGACAGACGGCUGCUCUGAAGCGUUUUUGCGAAACGCCGGCUUGAAAAAUCAUAUCGCUCGAGUGCACCAGCACAAGGAGGGACGGUAUCAAUGUACACAUCAGGGCUGCCAAAGUAGCUUCAACAAGAAGUACCAGUUGAAGACCCACACGGGGGAACACCAAGGCCAUCUGCCUUUUUGUUGUCAUGUUGAUGACUGUGCGCGGGAGUUCCCCUCGCUUGGCAAGCUGAAGCACCAUGAGAACAUGCAUAAAGGUUACCCCUGUGAGGACGAGCUAUGCACAUUCCUGGGAAAGACGUGGUCAGAGUACCAGAAGCACCGCAAAGAGCACAGAGUUAAGGUGCCAUGCUCGAUGUGUACGAAGCAGUUCAACAACACGUGGUUUCUGCGCCAGCACGAGCUGCUCCACCACAGCGGGGGAAAGCCGAACUUCUCGUGCCCGAAACAAGGCUGCUCAAAGACGUUUAGCCGCCGUUUCAAUCUGGACAGCCACGUCCUGGGCGACCACGAGGGAACGAAGCCCUUCAGCUGCGCGCAGCCUGGAUGUAACAAAAACUUUGUCAUGAAGGAAAGUCUCUGGCGUCAUGGAGUGGUGCAUGAUCCAGUCAAGAAAAAGCUGAAGAAAUUGCUUCCCAGGAAGAAGCAGCCAUGGAGUGUUGUGCAGGCCAAGCUGCAGGCCACUGAGACCAACAAACUUGCUGCCAAGCUACACAAAACUCAUUUAGAGGACCCGAAAUCUUGAGGCGAUUAUAAUUUGAUUGCUUGGGGG